AUGGCUCCCCCUUCCUUCAACGCACGACUUGGGAAUAAGUCUACAUCCAAGCCGGUCAUCACAUUAUUCGAUGCAAAGAUAAAUCGAUAUUACAGCCCAUCUACAGCUAUACAUAGCGUUGACCGUCUCGCAUCUAAAGAAAAUCUUCCGAGCAAAUUCAAGCACCGCGAAGAUGGACAACCACAUCAAACAAGCACAGAGCGGAGCGUUGACCCAGAUCCCACGGAAACUGAAGACAGGCUUGAAGGUGAUGCAGCAGCAGACUACGAUCCACCAAAACAGAUCUUUGAAAUAGUCCCUACAGAACCAGUCGAGGAACAACAAACAGAGCCUGGAUCAGAAACUUCAUUGAGUCCAGAAACGCAUUCCCAGGGACUUUGGGACACCGCAUAUGAUGCUCUCAGGAUUGAAAAUCCUGAUGUGGUAGGUCAAUAUGAGCUCAAUCUUAUUGCUUGUAGCAGGGCUAUUGCGAACGAGAAGCAUGGAUAUGCUUUUGGCCGGCUUUCUGCCCAGAUUCAAUCCGGCUCUACUACAUCUGAAUAUGAGCCUUCUAUGAGAGCCUCCCUUGUAGAUGCAUUUCUGGAGUGGUUUCUUGGCGAACCUGUCCCAAGGACCCCCGAGAACCCCGAAUCUCUUUCUCAACAACCUGGCAACAACUCAGAAGAUGACGAACCUGUCCCCGAAGCAAUGAGCACUUUUGAAGCUAGUUUGAAAGAGAUAAUUCGGGGUUCUCAACAUGCUUCUAUUCCUUGGGUAGCAUCAAUUCUCGCUCUUGAGGGGCUCUUCCGUCUAUUGACUACAUAUGAAGUGAAUGAGAGUCAAUCUACUAUCGUCUUGGUGACUUGCAGAAUGCACUGGUAUAUUGGUAUCUCAAGGCAGUUGUUUCGCGCCAUUGACCAAUCUUCUAAAGGCGUUGUUCAGUUUGAACAGGCUCUCAUCAAUCUGUACAAAGCCAUCCUUUCGCAUCAAAUUCAUGCUUCGGUCUGCGCUUUCGAAGGAACCGACAACCGGUUUUUGAAGUACAAAGACUUUGGUCCGUCUGAUCUAGUCCAUCUUGAAGAGAAUAUCAAGCUCCAACAGGAGACACUAGAGACGCUCAACACGGACUCUUUCAAAUCAGAGAUCAACGACAGAAUCGCCAAAGCCGCUAUACAGAAGAAACAAGACACAGACCCUGAGAGUGAUGAGGAAGAAGGUCCAGGCGAAGGCCCGGAUGAAGGCAGCAAACAGCUCGAUAAGUUGUUACAAGCCCUUGAAGUUACUAAGCAACCGAUCAUGAAUUUGCGCGAUGACAAGCAUUAUCAUUUCAUAAAACUGUAUCAGUGGCUACAAAAGACUGCAGAAUUCACAAAGUUUUGUGCUUGGGAUGAUGAUCCUAAUGGCCGUGUCCUUCUUCUAGAUGGAGGUCUUGACAUGAGCGAGACCGAGCUGCUGCAGCUGGUUUGCCAUGGACUGUCAGAACCACAGGACGAGGAUACUUCAGGCAUUUCGCAACCAAAGCAUGUGGCUUGUUACUUCUAUGAUAAUAGCAAGUCUUAUCAGAACAAUGUGCUCUCCGCGAUACAAUCCCUCAUCUGCCAAGUCUUACGAGCACAACCGUUUCUGGGCAAAUACCUUAUAACCGCGUCGUAUGAGCUAUAUCCAGACAGUUCAGACGUCGUCAGCGGCUUCUAUGCUUUGUCCAUGGUUUUUUAUUCAAUUCUGCGCGAUGUGGAAAUUCAACCCAUAUAUUUCAUUGUCCACAUAUCUGAUGACUCUUCGAAUACUUUGCUCCCUUUGGAACAGAGCGUGUCUAAGUGGGGACAUGAAGACUUUUUGAACUUGAUAUACACAACAGCUCAAGUAUCAGACAAAGUUCGGUGGUUGGUAUCCUUCCAGGACAAGCAGAAGAUUCCGGCUAGUCUCGACGUGAGGCUAGACCUUCGAAUAACUAUAAGCUGCAGCAUGGAAGUCGCCAGAGACAUCUUUUCUGUGUAUGUAGCUUCGAGAUUGGCUGAUAUUGCGAAGAUUCAAGAAAGUGAAGAACUUCAGGCGAUGGUGCUUCACAACAUGAGAAAUUACCCGUCUUUGGAGCCUCUGUGGUUCAACACGGCGUUGAACAUGGUUAAGUUGAGCGAAACCUACUGGAACGCACCCAAUAAACUUGAAGAGCUGAUGGAAAUGGCUCCGAAAGAGGAAGCGCUGACUAGCCUUUAUAAAAUGGCACUGGAGAGGCUCGAUGUGCUCAUGAAGAGCGACAAAGACUAUUGUCUGGAGAUCCUGUUAGUUGCAGCAAUUGCGUACCGACCGCUACUAUCCACAGAAAUGAGGGAGCUCAUAGAAUUGCCAUCAAACAUCGGUCUCACAGUCCUCAUUGAACGAUUUUUGUCUCCAUUUCUGGAACUUCGUCAUAUCGGAGUUUCGGAAAAGGAGUCUGUUCAUUUCGUUCAUCAAUCUGCGCAGACGUUCAUUCUUAGCAUCAUAUCCUCGACAGGCCCAGUAGAGUCGGCCCUUUCAACAGAACACUCAAAAGCAUCAACCAGAUGUCUGAAUGUUCUGAUUAAAAACUUGGGAGAAAGAGCACAUGCCUUGUCUCCGGGUGAAAAUCACUCCUUUAACGUGUAUGCGGCACUUUAUUGGAUGCGGCACAUUCUAGAAGGGGACGACCUCAAUACAGUAGUGGACUCAGUAGAGUUGGCUAACCGCUUCAUGCGAGAAAAUCGAGCAGAGUGGUUAGAAGUCAUCGCUUCCCACAGAAAACUGAGGGAUGCUCUUAGUAUGAUUGAGAAUAUGAAUCAUGCACUGUCACGUUCAGUCAAGCCAGAUACUGAAAGUCGGCAUUACAUACAUGAAAUGAUCCAAGACACGGGCAGGUUUAUAAAGCGUCACUUACUAUGGACCAACGAGUCCUUGGGAGAUGAGUCAGCCUCUGACUACAAGUUGACAUCACUAAAGGACAGUCUCGCUUUUUGGCCCAGUAUGAAGCCUGAAUGGCUUGUUCAAGCACCAACCUUCGACAACAGCCACCAAACCUCCGAACAUACACUCCACGUCUUGAAACACAAUGACUGGGUACGUUCAUGUGUAUUCUCACCUGAUGGGCGUCUACUAGUGACGGGCUCAGACGAAAAACUGGUGAGAAUAUGGGAUGUGGCUACAGGUUCCCUGCAGCAUGUUUUUGAGGCACUCGAUAGCUAUGCCUAUUCUGUCGUAGCAUCCCAGUCAGGACCUAAUGGUCGUCCACUUCUGGCUGCAUAUGGAUCGGAAGUUAUCAUGGUUUGGGAUCUUGUCACUGGUGAACCUAUGCAACCUGUGAGGGGAAUCAGCCAAGAUAUCAACGAAUCCGAGCAGAAGACGAGCAACAUGUCCGUGAGAUUCCGAAACGAUGAUAGAAACCCUCACGAUGAUGGAAACCCUCACAACGAUACAGAUGAGGACCAGACAGCAGAAGAUGAAUGUGAUACCAUCGAAGAGAGUGCCUCAAAGACUGAUGUUUUGGCCUUCACGGUACAGAGUAUCGACAUCUCUCCGCAAGGGGACCGCUUAGUGGCUGUGUCCGGGCGCAAUAUCAUCUUGUGGGACAUUCCAAGUUUCACAGUUACUGGAAUCUACGAACAUGAAGCGAUCUUAGGUGACGAUAUCGAUGACGAUACUGAGUCGUUUCAUAGAGUCAAAUUUUCGCCUGAUGGAAAAUUGGUAGCAGCAAGUGUCGGAAGUUCUAUCAGAAUCCAGGAAGUUUCCAUAGAGGGCGAACAUUAUAGCCUUCCCAGGACAUCUGAUCUACCUGGACACUCUGACGCUAUAGACGGACUCUGCUUCUCUCCUGAGGGUAAUGGGCAAAUGUAUCUAGCGUCGGGAUCUGAUGACACGACUGCAUGCAUAUGGAAUCUCAUCACUGGUGAGAUAGAGGUAGUGUUGAAGGGUCAUUCAAGCCACAUCAACAGCGUGUCCUUUUCACCAGAUGGUACAAUUCUUGCGACCGCUUCUACAGACUCCAAUAUUGCUAUUUGGAAGCAAAGAUUAGGUAGCUGGGGAAGCGGUGUACUCGAUAUCCCUGAUCAAACCCUCUCUGGACACACCUCUUUGGUGUGGUCAAUUGCAUUUGCACCCGAUGGGAAUUUACUUGCCUCGGCAGGGAAUGAUGGUGAAGCACGGAUCUGGGAAGUGAUAGAACGAGAACAGCAACCAGGAACAGACAACGAUACUAGGGAUGAUACUAGCGAAGCUUCGAAUUCCGUCAGAAAGGAGCAUGUUUCCCCUGUUGUACGCGUAUCGACAUCUCCGGAUGGCAAGACCAUUGCGUCAGGUUGUCGUGAUGGGAAGAUUUGUUUGUGGAAUGGAGUAACUGGUGCUUGGUGUCGAACAAUGGAAGCCAGACAUACAGGCGAAGUCACAGCACUGGUAUUUUCCGAUGACGGAGAAACGUUGAUCUCAACGUCAGUUGACGAGUCGGCCAUUGUCUGGAGUGUCAGCGAGGAGUCCGAGACGCCUAGCCUACGUCUUAUCGGCCAUGAGGACUGGGUAAGAGGUGCAGCUAUCUCACUAGAUGGGAAGCUAGCGGCAACAGCAAGCGAUGAUUGGAAUGUACUAUUGUGGGACAUUUCAGCCCAUGCGAGCCCUGGUUCUGAGCAUGAAGGGACCCACGACCAGCCGAUCGCGAGGCUUAACGGCCAUGUUGACUACAUAUACAGUGUGGCGUUCUCACCAGAUUUUCGACAGCUUGCUUCUGCUGGCGAUGACAGCAUGGUCAUCCUGUGGGAUAUAGGAGCCCACGAAGACCAUGAUGGACCAAAGAUAAUCAUGGGUAGGGAGGACAGGGGCAGGUAUCGUUGGCGAGGGGUGGUCUUUACACCCGACAGCAAAUUUGUGUUAACCGUGAGUAUCAGCGGACAGGUUGCAGUAUGGAAGCCAGAAGCGUCCGAACAAGUCCAAUGCCUGGGUAUCUACAACGCAACGAUUCCCUUUACAACGAUGCGCAUAGAUAAGAAGAUGCCGAAUGUACUGUCAACCGACUCCGGCAGCUGGCUCUUUGACACUAAGGGAUUGAGUCGGAAUCAAUCAAUGGAGGAGGUCUCCAAUCAGGACCCAGUAGUCCUAACUCGGCCAGUUGACUCUUGCAUUGGUAUCAGUCAAGAUCACAGUCUCAUAACCUGGAAAGGCCACAAACUCAUCCUUCUUCCCGCAGACUUCCGCCCAAACGUACAUACGGCGUGGUGGGCGCAAGGCCGAAGCGCUAUCAUCGGUUGUGGAAUUAUGAUGAAAAAAUGUCUCAUGGCGUAUGAACUUGCAGGACUUACAUACUCGCUUUCUGACCCAAUUAUGUUAUUUCAGGGCUACAAGUUUAUCUAA